UACAGCACAUGGGUUUCAGUUGGCCCUACUAAUGUUACGCCGCUGAACCACUACCACGCACGCAUCGAUAUAGCUGUGCGGCGGUCACCCCUAUAAUGCUGUCGCGUGACGACCAAACGCUGGAACAGCAGCGUAGCGUGUCUCAGUGGUCUCCGAGCUGAGGCAGAGUUCGUACUUAGGGACGGUUCUCUGAUCGAGCUCCCUCCUCUCUCUCUCUCUAUCUAUCUAUCUAUCUCUCUCUCUCUCUCUCUCUCUCUCCCCCUAUCUCUAUCUUCUCUCUUCCUCCUUUCCUGUCCUCCUCUAUCUUUCUUUAGCCCGCAAUCCCAACUUUCCCUAUCUGGUCUUGUCAUAGUGUACUUAUCUCGUAUCGCGAGAAACGCGAGCGCGCGCAACCAAGUCAUUCGUAUAUGCGCGCGGACGUGCACAUAGACGUCGUAGAAAGAGCGGAAUAAGGUCCCACGUGUCGCACGUGGGAAACUGCGGGACGUAUGCACACCGCGAAGCUGGCGAAGUUAAACUGUUUCCUUUCCGAUGCGAGAAGAAACGACAGUGUGAUAUGUGACGACGACGACGACAAGGACGAGGGCGAAGGCGGAGACGAUCCGUGUUUUACGUUAUAAGUCCGAAGAAAUUUCGAAAUCGCAUGGGAUAAUUGUGACACCACUUUACCUCUGUGGUUCCUUGCCUCGCGAGCUUUUUAAACCGCGUGUCACAGGAGUUGUCUGUGCGCUUCGUACUUCGGUGAUUCGAAUCGUUAAGUAGAUUUGGAGCUUCCACCGGCCGCGCGCAGCAUGGACGCCUCUCAACAAUAUUGUCUACGCUGGAACAACCACCGCACAAAUCUCCUCAGUGUGUUCGACGAGUUGUUGCACAACGAAGCGUUCACCGAUGUUACCAUCGCCGCAGAAGGUGGCACUAUCAAGUGCCACAAAGUGGUUCUGGUCGCUUGCUCGCCUUACUUCCAAAGCCUGUUUUCCGAUCUUCAAUGCAGCCAUCCGAUCGUGGUGCUGAAGGACGUCAAGCUGUCGGAAAUCAAAGCGAUCUUGGAGUACAUGUAUCGCGGUGAGGUGAACGUAGCGCAGGAUCAGUUAGGUAGCCUGCUGAAGAUAGCGGAAGUGCUGAAGGUGAAAGGUCUGGUGGAGGAGAACGCCGGUGGGUCGCAGGCUCGCGAGGAAGCGGUCACGACGAUGUCACCGCCGCCCGCCAUCAGCACCAGCACUGGAGGCGCGCCACACAACGCCCACUCGUCACCGCCGCACUCCACCGAUAGUUCCUACAGCGGUUUCUACAGCGUUAAAUCGAUCGAGCGGAGCCAGGGUCGGCUCGGGACGAUGACAUGGCCCGGGAUACCGAUUUUCUCCGCGUCCAAUACGUACCCGCUGCAUCUCGCCGGCCAUGAGAGCAGCACCGGCGGCGACAUCGGCUUCAAGUCGAUGCCGCUGACCAAGCGCAAGCGGAACGACGUUACACCGAUACAUCAGGCGGCGUGUUCGUUGUCGACAAACCGUGACACGCCGAUCUUGCGUACGGUGCUCCGUCAGGGUCAGGCUCACGUAGACAGCUCGCACGUCGACAACCACCAUGAAGGAUCGCAGUUCUGCACGAACAACACCAGCUCGACGAGCGAGGACAAGCAUGGCAUCGCCGAUCUCAUUCAUGCGGAGACAGCGCACAGCCCCUACGUGGACGCGCCCGCGAUGGAGGAAGACGAGAAGCAACGGAUAUCGCCGCAGUCGUAUGCCGGCGACAGUAAGUCGAAUAUCGUGAAUUUCACGCAGCAGAGACCGGAGUGGAAACGGUACAAGCAGUAUUCCCGGGAGGACAUUAUGCGGGCGAUCGAAGCGGUCAAGUCGGGCAUCAGCCCUGUCCAAGCGGCGCGCACCCACGGCGUACCGUCGCGUACGCUCUACGACAAGGUGAAGAAGCUCGGCAUCAGCACGCCACGGCCGUUCAAGCGUGCGCCAAACGGCAGCAGCACUUGCUACUCCUACGGCAUUGGCGGUAACGCGAAAGGGAGCAUCUACAGUGGUAGUUUAACCGAGAUCGACAACGAAAGCCGCGAUAUCAAUAGCGCGGGCACGCAGGAGACAUCCUUCGAGACCGCCAAGGUUAAGGAUGCGUCGCAGGACCUCGGCGACUCCGCGACACCAUUAGACACCGCGGUACCGCGGUGCACCCCGAGCCCGGUCAUACGCUGCGUCAAACAGGAGUUGAAAGUGGAAGAUGAAGUGGAAGAUUUGUCCGUGAAUCGCAAGUCUGAUGUUCCAGUGAUAAUGCCGCCUACCACGUCGGGUGUAGCCAAUGAAGAAUCGCAGGACGUGGCUAUAUCGAACGAUCGUCAGGACUAUAAUUGAGCUACCUCUCACGUGCGUUGCGUCGUGCACCUGUGUGUCACGGCGGAGACCUCUCUUUGCUGGUGCCGGUGUCAACCAUGUACGUAAAUGCGUAGAAACGGCGAGUCGAUGUUGAAUGCAAUCUUCAAACUUUCUAAUUUUCAUAAUUAGUCUAAAAUGCGAAGAAGCAAUUACCGAUUGAGAUAACAGAAUAGACCGAAAAAAUGCAGACAUCUCGAUGUUGAGAGAAGCCCGGGAUUGCAGCGAGCGAUUGUGUGUAUAGUAGCUAUGGUUCACGUUCUUGAUUCGAACAAGUUAAAAGCUCAUGCGAGCAGAAUUGCUUUUCUUUUGUUUUCUCUCUUCUCGAGAGAAGAGGCAAACGGGGAGAAAAGAAAAAAAAGCAGAAGAGAUCGCGUAGACUGGCCUAAAAGCCAUUCUACGAUAUCCGUAAGAGUAUGGCUGUAAGUCUGUAAGACGCGGUUGUAAGUUUCACUGUAGUAAACCGUAGAAACAAGAAAUUAUAAGCAAAAUAAAAGUAAUUCUUAUUUCUUCAUAAUUUUAUGUUAUGUUAUAACGGAACAAACCGCAUCUUAUAAACUCACAUCCAAGGAUACUGCGGAAUAGCCUUAAAAGAACCACAAAUACAGCAGCACUAAGAUGCACGCACAAAUACAGCACUGAGAUGAUCGAGUCGUACUUCCGUCCAGGCGGCGGCUUCAAACAUAUUUCUAAUUUCAAAUCUUUCGAAAGUCAGAUAUUUAUAUAACGCAAUUUAUAUAAUGCACGCAAUGCGUUUGAAGAGUCCUAUCUAUCCUGGAGCCGCCUCUGUUCCGCUUUAAGGAGAUCGAUCGUCAAAAACUACUCGUGAUACUAACUGCCGAUACAGAUCUCAGGAAGGCAAGUCGAAAAACGCAGCGUUUUUCGGACAGCAAUAUCUUAUUUGUACAAUCGUGGGUUUUUUUCCAAGAUUGUUCGUCGUUAUUCAUUGAGUUGUAGAGUAUAUGUGAAGAACUCAAACAUCGUCGAAUAUUCGAAGUGAAUCUAAAAUCUACGGCGUUUGAAUCACUUGAGAACUUGCGACGGAGGAAGAAUUCCCGUCAUUACCUGCGGCUUCCUGCCUCGUAAAAGACUGAAUAUACGUCGUAGAUUUGAGACUGAAUAUAAGUUGAAUAACUCUUGCGUUCCAAACUUGUCCAAUAAGGACGGUUGUGCAAGAUAUUCUAAAUAGGAUAUUUUAAAUAAGAUUCCAUCUAAAAUUUUCACGUCAUUGUUUCCGUAAUUUUCUUAAUAUAUGAUUGAUAACAAUUAGAAAAAGGGAAGCAAAUAAUUGUCGAAGCAGAAUAUAAGGUGGAAAGACAAACAAAGCAAGUCGACAGCUGUUUCGUUUGAAAGAAAAUUAUGUCGAUCUUGAGACGUUCCCGUUUCCUAAUCGCUGAUCGCUAGUUUCGAAGGUAAUUAUGUGGAAAAAUUAAAACAAUACGUUUUUAACGGUACAGAUUCAGAAAUCUUGCAUAAAUUAUAGCCAGCGCAUAUUUUUGUUAGUGACUGAAAUACUACUGAAUAAUUGUAAGAUUAUCUAUAUAUAUAUAUAUAUAUUCUAUAAAUUUUUAAUCGUUAGCUUACUUGCUUGUUACUGAUCACGGCAUUGGGAAAUAGAUGCAAUAUAUGUUUUCAAGGCAUAUCACAGUUAUCUACAUGAUAUCGUAGCAAGUUACAUUCGUCGAGCUACGCAGUCGUCGAAAGUACAAAGGUACGAGAAAAGCUCGAAGCAAAAACGAAAAUAUCUUACGGGGAUCAGGUAACAAACAUCACCACUCAGAGAACGUUAGAAAGUUAGAGCGCGGACAGCAUUUCAGCCAAAUGCGCUCAAUCGAGCUUGUUACGAUCCUGCAUAGCAUAAUAAUACCAACUACCUCUUUAUGUGCAACGAACUAUCUAUGCAUUAACAUUUAAGACUCAUUAAGACUGAUGAACGUAAAUCAUGAUGUCUGCCAAAUUCUUAUUCUUCUUAUCAUAAC